GAAUGUAACAAUUAGGCGAACCUUGAUGAAAUCAGAUUGAUUGCAAUUAAUAUGCGGCGGCAGAACGCAGUUGGUGCGUGUAACCUAGUUCUGCAGCCACAUCCAGUUGAAUCAUUUCAUUGAAGAGGAUGAUUUAAAUUGAUAUUCACUAGUCGAUUUUGUGCUAUUUUGAAAGCAACCAGUGAUAUAAUUCGUUUCAAAUGAAAUGGAAUCUUAUUUGCUAAAAUUUAAAGGGCAGAAUCUGGGAUUUGCGAGGGAAUGCUGAAUUGAUUGGAGACCAUCGGAAUUGCCCGCCCUGUGUCAUUCAUUACCUGUUGUGCAGGCACGGAAUUUUCACGCGCUGUUCUAGCAAUCAAACAGCUGAACAGCCUUGUCUCGGCGGCACGUGCAAACCGUCCGCUCCACCACUUCCCAUCUGCGCUCCGGGCACUUCAAAUGAGGACCGAGUCCCGAGCCUAUUCUAUGUGAAGCUGCGAAAACGGGCAAUUCCUUCGGUCUCUCCCGUCUGCAGUGAGGCAAGGACGAAAAGUCACGGUUUGGCCGAGCUGCAGCCAUGGACCAGGACGAGAACAAGAGCGUCUCGAAAAAGACCAUAAUCGCAAAGAUUUUCAAAGUUCGCAAGAGGAGAGAGAUGCUUUUCGUGCAAGUGUGUUUUCUCUGCAGUGUCCUCUUCAUGGCGUGGAGCAUGUCAGCACUUCUGACAAAGACAGGCCAUGGAAUGAUCCUGGAGAAUGGACACGAGAAGCACGAACAUUGGGGAAGGAGGCUCAUGGGACAUGAACCCGACAACGACAAUGAGACCGAGUGGAAGAACUGCACAGAGCCAGCGAUCAAGGAGUUCCCUGAAGACCUUUUCACCAACAACGAGCGCAAGAGUGGGGCCGUCCUGCUGCACAUAGUGGCGGCCCUCUAUAUGUUCCUGGCCCUGGCUAUAAUCUGUGAUGACUACUUUGUGACAUCGCUGGAGAAGAUCUGUGAGAAACUAGACCUAAGUGAGGAUGUUGCCGGAGCCACUUUUAUGGCAGCUGGGAGUUCUGCUCCAGAGCUGUUUGCCUCUGUCAUUGGUGUCUUCAUCACCCACGGUGAUGUGGGCGUUGGGACAAUCGUUGGCUCAGCCGUCUUUAAUAUCCUGUGCAUCAUCGGUGUGUGCGGAAUCUUCGCCGGACAGGUCGUAAUGUUGGGUUGGUGGUCUGUUUUCCGAGAUUCAUUCUACUACAUCUUGUCUAUCCUAGCUCUUAUUGCAUUCAUUUACGAUGAGAAGGUGGUGUGGUGGGAGAGCCUGGUGUUGGUGCUCAUGUACUGUGGAUACAUCCUCAUCAUGAAGUUUAACCAGAGCUUGCAGAAGUUGUUCACGGGGAAAGGGGGUAAAGACAAGAACCAGGCCAACGGUAACGCUGCGGCUAGCAGCGAGAUGGAGGAUGUUAAGCCCAGUAAGGCUUACAGUCGUGGCUCUGUGGUCAUGGUCGAUGAGAUUAUGCACGCCAGCCCUCCCAAGUUACGCUUCCCAGAGGCCGGCCUCCGUGUCAUGGUCACCAGCCAUUUUGGACCAAAGACCCGGCUGCGCAUGGCCAGUCGCCUCAUCAUCACUGAGCGUCAGAAGCUAGUCCAGGGUGCCAACGGGGUGGAGACCCAGGUUCUGGAGGGGAAGGUGGACAUUGAGAAUGGCAACGUGCCCGAAGACAAACCAGCAGAGGAGGAGCAGGAGAAUGAAACAAUCUCCCCCUUUCAUAUCCCUGAUGGCAUCGGCAGCAAGUGCAAGUGGCUGAUCUCGUGGCCCCUGCUGCUCCUCCUGUUCUUCACCAUCCCCAACUGUGCGAAGCCUCGCUGGGAGAAGUUCUUCAUGGUCUCCUUCUUCCUUUCUACCGUCUGGAUCGCUGUCUUCUCCUACUUCAUGGUCUGGAUGGUCACCAUCAUCGGCUACACCCUUGGCAUCCCAGAUGUCAUUAUGGGCAUCACCUUCCUGGCAGCCGGCACCAGUGUUCCAGACUGCAUCGCCAGUCUCAUUGUUGCUCGGCAAGGAUUGGGUGACAUGGCAGUAUCCAACACCAUCGGCAGUAAUGUGUUUGAUAUCCUGGUUGGGCUGGGCGUUCCUUGGGCACUACAGACCAUGGCGGUCAGCUACGGCUCCGAGGUCAUGAUCAACAGUCGAGGACUGGUCUACUCUGUGGUGUUGCUCCUGGGAUCUGUGGCUUUGACGGUGGGGGGGAUUCAUGUGAACCACUGGAAGCUGGAUCUGAAGCUGGGUAUCUACACGCUGGUCCUCUACGCUGUCUUCCUGUGUUUCUCCAUCAUGAUCGAGUACAACGUGUUCACCUUCGUCAACCUGCCCAUGUGCAUGGAGGAGUAGCUGGACCACGCCCACCUCAACUAGGAAGCUCCACUCAACUCCUAACGGCAACCAAUCACAAUCAACUUUCCCCAUCCUCCACCACGUUACUAAACCUGGUUAUCUCCUGUCUGACAGGUCACCUUUCAUUUUCAUUACAGACCUGUUGACCUCUUGAUCUGAUCCUGGUCUUUAAAUAUUUUCUUUCCCUGUGCUUGGACUCACUUUCCCAUGAGGCUUUGUUCUGAGGAGUGGACAGACGCAUUAAACGAACUGGACCCAUUUUCAGACUAUUCCAUUUCCCAUUUCCCCAUCCACACGAUCUGUAGUCUGACUGGCUUUCCUUAGCCUUCCCCCACAGGCCCUAGAAUCAACCCUACAGUAGUCUGCCUCUUACAAACAACCCAAACAUACCUCUGUCCAAGUUAGGGUUAUAGUCCUAACCCUCAACAUUGACCCCCUUCUUCUCAUCCCCACCCCACCGAUCCACCCGAAGACCCUACGGAGAAUACACAACCUCACCCUAAAACUCUACCUCUCCCCCGAAUCCUGCUUGUACCCUCAACCUGUGGAGGGGGAACUCUCCUCCUCCUCUUUCAGACCUGGACCCCUCAGACAUAGUCCGAACUUUGACUUUUUCCAGAUUGCUUCUUCCCACCCCUCUGCAGCAGACACUCAUCUUUCACUGCUAUCUACUCUAACUUUUCUCUUCUCUCCAUCAGAUCUUCAAGACAUUUUGUCAGGAAGCUUUGUGUCUCUGACUACCAGAAGAGUCAUGUAUAUUUGCAGCACAAUGGAAAACUUGUGAACAUCUUUUUUUUUCUUGUUUUUGUAUCGUAUUUUUGUUUUAUAGAGUUUAAAAAUGACAAAAUACUUUUGAGAGCUUGUUGCAAUCACAAAGGACAUUGCCUGUUUCACAGUAAUGAAUUAGCACACAGAGAAAAUACUUUUAUUGUAAGGACAUUUGGCUCCCCCUCGAAGGGUGGUGUCUAGCUCAUGGCGGAAACUCCAAAAUCCGUGGUGCUGAAAUUUCAGCCUUUUUUUUUCUUGUUCUGAGAGAUCACACACACACCCUCAGACUGCACAACCAUGAAGAGAAAAAACACCUGCUCCAGAGUUGGGAGAAACCUUUUGGACGGUGUCCAUAUUCGGACGUCUUUGGACAGUAGCAUGUAUAUGUAUCGUGUUACAGAUGGGAUUCGGUCUGUUCUUUUGUCUGCUCGACCCCUUUUGACCACCAGGGGGCAAUGUCCCCUCACUGAUCUAUCUGCAUGGCAGGGGUCUCAAGCAACCACAGCCGUUUGGUUAUCAGGGAAUAUCUGGAGCCUCCGCAGAUCCAGUAGGGGGCGACAUAGGUGUUCUCUCUCUGAAUUACAUGUAGAUAUUGCACUUUAAAACAAGCAGAGCUGUCCUACUUUCUGAAUCAAAUAGUGCUUCCUGUGUGUGUGUGUGGGGGGGGUUGUGUAUGUACUGUGUGUUUGUGUGAGAGAAUGACGAGGGUGUGUGCUGACUUGCAGGCUCGCGCCCAGCUUGGUCUCACCGCCUCCCCCUUCCCUAAUCCCCUAUAGACUUGAACCUCUAACAUCGUGAACACAUACCCAUUUCUGUCUGCAGUGCAAUGCAUGUUGGGACAAUAAAUGCAGGCUCCUCCAUGGCACGACCCACCCCCCCACCUGGCAACCACUUUAUAAAUAAACGGCAGCUACAUGCUACUGCAAUCUAAGACAUUUGACAUCAUGCAAAAACACCUGCAGGAACUUAGUCUACAAUAAGCUGGAGAGACUUGGAGUGUUAAAGAGAGAUAGGGGAGUGUUAAAGAUGAGGACUUCUCUUUCCCUUUGUGUUGGCAGCAGGUACUUGUAUAUGCAAUCUCAACGUAAUGUGUGUUGGACUCUGGAGGAACUCCUUUGGUGUUGCCAUAAUGUUAGUGGUUAAUAUGAGCUCACUGGUCUGAAUGACCCGCUAAGGGACCGAGCCAGAGGACAUGGAGGAAAGGUUCUGGAACUGGAGAUUCUGUGUGCGGGGGAGUCCGACCCUCUGGUACAAGGGCAUUACUCAAUCACCAACUCUACCUGAGGAGCGGAGGGGAAGGACUCCUGCUGGGAAACACCCCCCCAGGCUGGCUACAGAUGGUUUAGUCCAGAAUCCUCUUAACUUUCUGGAAGUUUUCCUUCUCCAUGGACGAACUUUGUGAGAUGAGAUCUCCACUCUGUAUGGACCUGUAAGGACCUGAGGAGCAGACAUUUUAGUAGCAGGACCCCUAAACUGAUACC